AGUUUGUGGCGGUUGCUUGGUAACUAGUCAGCAGCUAGAGGACACUGGGAAAGGGGGCCCUACUGCGGCUCGCGGGCAGUCCCAGCCUCUCGCGCCCCUAUGUCGUACUCGCAAGCCCCCAAGCGCACGGGGCUGCCCCGCGCCGUGCUGAGGUGGCUGCAGAGCCUGGACCUGAGUUUCUUCCCCAGGAACUUCCGACGGGACUUCUCUAACGGCUACCUCAUCGCCGAGAUCUUCUCCUGGUAUUACCCCGAGGACAUCCACAGCCACAGCUACGAGAACGGCGCCUCGCUGGCCACCAAGCUCAGCAACUGGUCCCAGCUCGGCCAGGUGAGGGGGCCGCCCCGCCGUGGGGCACGAGCCCGGGCAGCGGCUCGGAGCAGGGACGGUGCGCCUGGUAACGAGCACCCAGCGCUCCAGGUUUCCUUCCGUGUGAACCCUGCCCCGCCAUGGCCCCGGGCGCGUCGGGCUCGGAAGGCUGGUGCAGCGAUGGCGGCCCCUUGGCGCUCGGCCCCCCUCCUCCAGGUAUUGAUUGGCCGCGGGAGGAGCCCGGCUGAGCCCUGCACGCUCCGCGGGUCCCUGCGGACAGUCCCGGGGGCCGCUGCCGAGCUCCGCGGGGAUGGCGCUGGAGGAGCGGACGAAACGUCACUCACCUGGCCAGCCCUGGUGACUUGUUCCAGGCGCCGGGCCGUGCGAAUGUUUUUUUCCAGAAGAAAAUUGAAGCCUGUCCAAGAACUAAUAGAUGGGACAAUUCACUGUAAACCGGGAGCAGCAGAAAUUUUGGUACAAGACAUCUACUCAAUGCUGACAAACGGACGAAUUAAAAAUAUUCAGGAUGAGGUUGACUUUACAGACCACUAUUAUCAGGAGCAGUUACCGAUGGUUGCCAGGUCAACAGCUUCAAAGGCUAUCAAGAACAACAUUAAGCUAACAGAAAUAAUGAUAGAGCCCAACAUUAACAAAAAUAGACAAAAGGUUAAUGCUAUCAUCAAUAUGCAUAUGCAACAGAGACUGGUAGAGAGGGAAGAGAACCCAAAGCGGUUUAACAUUAAACCAAGCUUGGCAGAGCGUGCAGUUCGUCAUCCAGCUGCUGUAGAUCCCUCUGUGAGUGCGGUUAACAUCAAGAGAGAGAAACUUUCUUUUAUAUCAAACCGAGGACGUCCAGAAAUCAGAGGCAAAAGUGGCGUUCAUUUCAAAGAAAUCCAGGUGAAACAAGCUGACAGAUGCUCUUUUACUGUGGAUGUAUAAGUGCGGCAGCUCCAGGCACCUAGCCAAAAGGAUUCUAACUGAACACUGAAAAAAAGUGUUGGAGAGACCUCAACUUUGAAAACGUACAAGAUCAACUUUAUCUCUAUAAUUCUUUGACCAUAUCCAUUGGGAGCGAAUUGCCUGAUUGGUUUCAGUGUCUGUUAAAUUAGAGCAUUAUUUUCUUCUAGUAAAUGCCAAAACAAAAUACAUAUUGGAAAUCUGAUGUUUGUGGAAGUGUGACAAGCGAAAUCAUCACUAAACAAAGCAGUAUCUAAAAUAUACAUCACUGUAGUUUCCCCAUUGUUAGACAGCUUCCUUCAGUAACUUGCUACCAUAGUUGCUUUUACAGCUCAGCCUCCUCCUAGACUUGAUUACUUACUAGAUCGAAUUGUUUUUAAUAUUUCAAGUUCUUUGUCAGUGAAAUUUUCCAAUUUACAGAUUGCAUUGGUGCAAGAUGGGUAAUGACGAUGUGGUCAAACUUUUUGCACAUUGUGAUGUGAUGAGCUGAAUAAAUUAGACAGUUAUA